GAAAGAUAACAGGUAAAUGAAUAAUUGUGAUGAUCAUAUGAUCAUACAUAUUUACUUCUUCAUGAAUGAAUAUUUGUCUGUAAGGUCUUGUUCAUAAGAUAUCAUUUACAAAACCAAUGUUUCUUAACCUCGAAAAUUUUUGGAUGGCAUUUUAUUAGAUUCAUUUACAUUUUAAACUAUCAUUCUCCACGACAGUUGUAAAUUAAACACGUAAGAAUAUUAUCGCAACUGAUCAUUUACUGGUACUAAAUGAUUCCUUAAGAAAAACUACUGUCAUUGGCGUUAUCAGUAUAUUACUGAUAAGAUAUUUUGAUCAAGCAAUUAUUGUAUUCUAUAUGAAUAGAGUAUUCCCAGACCUCUUGCUGUGCUAACGUGGUAAUCUGUGACCUCGGCCGAUACGUGCGCAGUUUAUUUGCCGCUAAUAUUUGUGCCUAGCUGUUAAGUUAUAUCAAAGUGAGCGUAUCAACAAGGUUAAUGAUGAUAUCAAGGGUAAAAAUAAACAAUAUAUUAAAGACCGCCUCGAAUCUGAGGUUUUUAUCAACCCACACUCAGGAAGUGGAAAAUGUUGGGCCUGUUGCUUUCCACAAGUUGAUCGGUGCCGAUAGGGGCAUUGCGGUGUAUGGACUCAACAGCCCUAAAGACAAAAAUGCACUUGGUUUCGAACUUGUACAGUCAAUGAGGGAGGUGAACGCACUGAUCCGAGAGGACACAAAAAUAUCUGUUGUCAUUUUGCAUAGCUUGGUACGAGGAAUAUUCUGCGCAGGUGCCAAUUUAAAGGAAAGAUUCAAAAUGGCAGAUGAUGAAGUGGCAAAUUUUGUGAGAGGUUUGAGGGAAACUUUUAUAGAGAUAGAGGACCUGCCUAUGCCGACCAUAGCAGCCAUUGAAGGUGUGGCAGUGGGUGGUGGCCUGGAAUUAGCUCUGGCUUGUGACAUAAGAGUGGCGGCAGAAAAUGCUAAGCUGGGUUUGGUGGAGACCGGGCGCGGCCUGAUACCUGGUGCCGGAGGCACACAGCGCUUGCCCAGAGUCAUUCAUCCAAAUAUAGCUAAGGAACUUAUAUUUACAUCCAGGAUUAUUAAUGGCAAAGAAGCUAAGGAAAUGGGUAUUGUGAAUCAUGCAGUCACACAGAAUGAGAACAACAACGCCGCCUUCGAGAAGGCACUAGACUUGGCGCGGGAGAUCCUGCCCAAUGCACCCAUCGCACUGCGCUGCGCCAAACAAGCCAUCAAUGAGGGUGUGCAGCUCAGCAUCAAGGAUGGCUAUGAGGUAGAACAAAAAUAUUACGAAAUCAAUGUACCAACUAAGGACAGACAGGAGGGCAUGUUGUCAUUCAUUGAGAAGAGAAAGCCUAAAUAUGAAGGCCAUUGAUAUGGAAUUUAAUAUCAACAAUUCAAGUUAUACAAAGUCAGAUAAAGGCAACUAUUUUAUAUGUUUAUUAUAUAAAAUAGAAAAUAAAAAAAUAUUCAAAUAUUUAACAUAUUGUUGUAAUAUACAAUGAAUUAUAGCUAAGAUAACUAAAGCACAUUUAUUUUGUAAAGUUUUAUUAAAUAUUAUAUAAGAUAUUUUUUGAAUAUUUACUUUAAUUGUAUUUACUCAUUUUUAAAAACAAUGUAGGAGGAUUCUGUAAUGUGAAAGGUUAAAAAAGCCAACUAGAAAGUAGAAAUAGGUGAAGGAUAAAUGAUAUUCAGCUAUGAAGAAAUGUAAGAAAUUGUUAAUAUAGUUACAGAUGGGACUACCUGGGAAAAUGAAACUCGUGUAUAGAUUGUAAGAUGUUCUGUGCAUAAAUAUACAAUGUUCAUAUACAUAUCAUUUUCCUGUUGUGUAAAAUGUGGAGUAAAUAUUAGUUUUGGGCAAUGUGUCUCUUGUGUUGAAUAAUUGUUAUCUCCGUAUAUUUUAAGGGACUACAAGUAAGUGCAUUGCAGUUCUGGUGUUCUAGAGAAUGGUUAUACAUGAUAUGUAAUUAGAAGUACUCUUUACCUAUGUUUUAUCCAGUGAAUUACUUUUAGAAUGUAUAGUUAGUAAAUAUUAUGACAAUAUUGUUUUUUAAAGCUGUUGUAAUGGACUUUUGGAAUAAAUUUCUAAAUAAAAGAGUAGGUAACAAUAAAUUUACAUAUCUGUCUACCCCAUUAAGAUUACAUAGUCUGAGCUUUUUAUUAAUGAUCUUGAAUUUCUAUCUUCUUAGCACUGACAAUGUAAUUGUUUCAUACAUUUGACUGAUAUUACUAGACUCAUGUUAUUGAUAGCAUUUAUAAAAGAUGUACUGGACCAAGCCUUAAAGGUAAUUGCUAUUGACGUUUAUUUGUAAGUAUGCUGCUACCAUGUCUGCCUGUACCUGUAUACCACAACUACGGUCUUGUAAAUAUUUUGAUUAUUUAGUACUUUAUAACACGCAAACACUCAAUGUUUAUACAAUGUAUGGAGCAUUGUAUAAACACCUCUGGGUAUUGUAAGAAACAAAAAUCGUUCAUUUGAUAUUUGUGUGAUAUCAAUAUUUAAUUUAUGAUGUAACUUUUGAAGGAAUUGUGAUGGCUUGUUGACAAUCUCUUAUCUUUUUUUUACCUAAAUAUUGGAGUUGUUAAUUUUUAUUGUUACAGUACUAG